UAAAUCGCGUUAUCCAUUUCAAGCUGUAUUACUCAGUCAAUACAAAUCACCCUCCCAUUUUUCUUGCCCUAAUUUGUAAAUAAAUUGGUCCUUGGUUGAAUUAACCAAAUGGGAAAAGUUUUGAAUUCCAAACAACCCCUCAGCAAGGUUAAAUCUGAAAAUGCUGAGAAAAAGCGCACCUACAGGAAGCGCCGCAAGGUGUCCGAAAACCAGGACAUCGAAGACCGACUGGAGUCUCUCAUCCUUAGAGUGGGAGAAAAGAGUACUUCCUCUCUUGAGAGCAACCUGGAAGGUCUGGCCAGCGUCCUUGAGGCUGACCUUGGCAGCUUCAGGGUCAAAAUUUUGCGCAUUCUAGCCGACUGCGCCACUAACAUGCCAGAAAAGUGCACCAUUUACACCACCUUGAUAGGCUUACUGAAUGCUAAAAACUACAGUUUUGGAGGAGAGUUUGUAGAGUACAUGGUGCGCAGCUUCAAGGAUGCUCUCAAAAAUUGCAAGUGGGACGCCGCCCGUUACUCGCUGCGGUUUCUUGCAGAUCUGGUCAACUGCCACGUGAUUGCUGCUGGUUCCCUUCUGCAACUGCUGGACAACAUGGUUGACGCAGCCAAGGAGGAUGGUGUGCCUCAGGUGCGUAAAGAUUGGUACAUCUAUGCUGUUCUGUCUGUUCUGCCCUGGGUUGGCCGCGAACUCUAUGAGAAAAAAGAGCAGUCCCUGGAAGCUCUGAUGAACUCGAUUGAAGUCUUUUUGAUGAAAAGACAAAAGAACCACCAUGAUGCUUUAAAAGUCUGGUACUCCGACACCCCCCAUCCUCAAGAGGAGUAUUUGGACUGCCUUUGGUCCCAGAUUCGCAAGCUGCGUCAAGAUAACUGGGCCGAGAAACACAUUCCUCGGCCUUAUCUUGCAUUUGACAGCAUCCUGUGUGAAGCUCUGCAGCACAAUCUGCCAACUCUGCUGCCUCCCCCACAUCAUGACUCGUACCACUAUCCAAUGCCAUGGGUUGUCUUCAGAAUGUUUGACUACACUGAUUGUCCAGAGGGUCCAAUAUUGCCUGGGGCACACUCAAUUGAGCGUUUCCUGAUUGAAGAGCAUCUGCACCAGAUUAUUGAAAGCCACCACCUCGAGCGAAAGGACACAGCUGCACAGUUGCUUGAUGUUCCGUAUAAAACCAAGAUUCCGCUGGACUACAUGAUUGUGGAGGUAAUUUUCGCAGAGCUGUUCCACAUGCCAAUGCCUCGUUAUCUAGAGGUUUGCUACGGCUCAAUUUUCAUUGAACUGUGCAAGCUACACCCAAGCCGCAUGCCCCAGGUAUUGGCUCAGGCCACCGAACUGCUCUUUAGCAGAGUCGACUCAAUGAACACAUCUUGCUUUGACAGAUUCGUCAACUGGUUCUCGUACCAUCUGAGCAACUUCCAGUUCCGUUGGAGCUGGGAAGAUUGGGAGUCGUGUUUGCAACUUGAUCAGGAGCACCCACGUCCCAAGUUCAUCAAGGAGGUGCUUUUCAAGGCUCAGCGCCUUGCCUAUCACGAGCGAAUCCACAAGAUUGUGCCAGAGACCUUUGAGCCGCUCAUUCCAGAGAAGCCUGAGCCUACCUUCAAGUACUCUGAUGCGCCUGAAACAUUGCCAGGUGCAACUGCAGCGCGAGCAAUUGCAGACGCCAUCCGUGAGCGCUGCACACCAGAGGAUGUGCUGACUUUGUUAGUUGAGCUGCCAAAUCCCCGUGCUGGGGUCGACGAGUGUGACGCUUCAAGCUACAACCCUUUGAAGAUAGACGUUUUUGUUCAGACACUACUGCAGCUGGGCAUGAAGAGCUUCUCCCAUUCUUUUGCGGCAAUCUCCAAGUUCCACAAUGUAUUCAAGGUGCUUGCCGAGUCCGAGGAAGCGCAGAUCUGCAUCCUGAGAAGCAUGUUCGAGCUUUGGCACAACCACCAGCAGAUGAUGGUAGUUCUUGUGGACAAGAUGCUUAAGACGCAGAUCAUCGAGUGCUCUGCUGUGGCGAACUGGAUCUUUAGCCGAGAAAUGAAUGGAGAAUUCACUAAGAUGUACUUGUGGGAGAUCCUUCACCUAACCAUCCGCAAAAUGAGCAAGCAUGUGCAGCGCCUUGGCAAUGAGCUGAGUGAAGCUCGAGAGCGUUUGCGUCGUGCUGAGAGCCACAGUUCUGACUCUGAUGAAGAGAUGGGUGCUGAAGAAGGUGCAACUUCUGGCCCCAGCAAGAUAACCAUCGGCGAAGAAAAGGACAAACCCAGUGAGGAGAUGGUAGAGCGCAUGGAGGAACGGCUGGAGGCAGCACAAGCCGACCAGAAGAACCUCUUCCUCAUCAUCUUCCAACGCUUCAUAAUGAUCCUCUCCGAGCAUCUUGUCCGCUGCGACACUGACAACAGGGACUUUGACACCUUCUGGUACAGGUGGACCAUUGGCCGCCUGCAGCAAGUCUUCCUUGCUCACCACGAGCAAGUGCAGAAGUACAGUUCCACCCUUGAGACGUUGCUGUUUACCCACGACCUUGACCCACACAUCUUGCGAGUUUUCCAGCAGUUUGUUUCGCUGCGCGCCUAAUGUGCUUUGUAACUAUGUUUCUUUGUAAAUUUUCAUUCGGCUCCAUAACUAAUGCUUUUUUAGUAUACUUUGUUAAAUGCAAGAAAAUAAAUUACAAUACAACAUUUUGCCUUGUUAUAUAUCUUUGGUUCUUGAAUAAUCAGUAUGCACGAAAUGUGCUUAAGAUAGAAAAAAAGCUUGUUUCA